AUGUCAGGAAUUAGAACUGUCUCUUCAUCUUCCGGGAAUGUUAAAAGUUAUGACUCGAUAAUGAAAAUUCUACUCGUGGGUGACUCUGGUGUGGGUAAAUCGUGCUUGCUAGUGCGAUUUGUGGAGGACAAAUUCAGUCCUUCUUUCAUCACGACGAUUGGAAUUGAUUUCAAGAUCAAGACCGUGGACAUAAAUGGUAAAAAGGUAAAACUACAACUGUGGGACACUGCUGGCCAAGAACGUUUCAGAACGAUCACUACAGCUUAUUAUCGCGGUGCAAUGGGCAUAAUACUGGUGUACGAUGUGACUGACGAACGCACGUUUGCCAACAUCAAGCAGUGGUUCAGCACGGUCAACCAGCAUGCCAAUGAGGAGGCCCAGCUGUUGCUCGUGGGUAACAAGAGCGACAUGGACUCCCGUGCUGUGACCACCGAACAGGGCGACAGUUUGGCCAAGGAGUUGGGUAUUCCGUUCGUCGAGGCCAGUGCAAAAGACGACACCAACGUGAACGACAUUUUUUUCCUGCUUGCCAAGUUAAUUCAGGAGAAAAUCGACAGCGAAAAGCUCGUGGGAAAUGCGGGUCGCGACGGUAACGUUAACAUCGGGUCUUCCGGCCAAGGAUCCAAAUCCGGCUGUUGCUAG